CUGGAAGUGAAUGUUGCGCGGGAACCGAGUGUGGGUGUGAUGAUACAUGUAUAGACCAGCUGGCGAGGGCUAUCUGCGCCAACGAUGACGAUCAUUUGCACAUGGCGGGCGACGUCGAGAGAUUGGAGAAGGAAUUCUUGGCAUCUGAGGAGACAUGCAAGUGCGAAGAUGAUGACGACAGGAUUGCAGUCCCGGAGCUCCUCUCUUACACUAGUCAGCCACCGGCUGGCAUUUUCCAGCCACGCGACGAGGUUCACAGCUGCGGACUUCGUAAGCGCAAGGCAGCAAAGUCUUCCAAAGGCCUGCCCAAGGAAGCCUGCGGUGAGCACAAAUCGCUCGCCCACAAGCGUCAGCAGGCUACCCUAUCGGCCUUCGGGUGUAUUUGCAAGGCGCUGCUUGCCCGAGGUCUUCAAUCAUGCUGCUCUUCCCGCGCACCCGUCGCUGCCUCUGUCUCGGCAUCUUUGGUCAGCCUACGCAAGAGCCUUCGGAGCAAGGCAUCUCUGUCUUCGUGCUGCGGGGACGAUGCCUGUGGCAAAGAUCUCGAUCGGACGACUUCUCGCCGUUCCGUAGACUCUUGUUGUGCUGGUGGCUGUUGCGACGCUGGCAGCAACCUUGACAUCCAAUCUAUCCCUCGCAAAUCUCGAGUUUCGUUGAACUCGUGCUGCUCGGGCGGUCGCUGCGGCAGCCGAAGUGCCAAUGAUGUGCCACUCCACCAUCAAUCCCGGGCUUCGGUUGAUUCCUGCUGUGCAGGCGGCUGUUGCUCUGAAGACAAAGCCAAUAUCCCUUCCCUUCACAGAUCUCGAGCAUCGCUGGAUUCAUGCUGCGCCGAUUCCUGCUGCGGCAAAGGCGAGGCCGACGAUGAUGUUGACGUCGAGAAACAGCCGUCCAUUCUAGAUGCCACUCCUGGCGAGAAUCAUUGCGUCCUCGCGGUGAAGGGUAUGACCUGCACUGGAUGCGAGAACAAACUUAUUCGUACCCUGAAGGCCCAACCGACGAUCAGCAACAUCAAGACCAGUCUUGUCCUCUGCAGAGCCGAGUUCGAUUAUAGUUGCGACCCGCAGGACUUGCCGACACUGAUCCAGACCAUUCAGAAGCGCACCGGGUUCACCACCGAGCAGAUCGCCUCGACAUCCUCCACCCGCGCUCUCGAAGUUACGACGUCUAUGGCUGGAAAGAUGCUGCAGAUGUCCGCCCCGGUCGGUGUCACGCAGGUGGUGAAAGUCAUGAACGACAGUGUUCGCGUCCUGUAUGACCCGCAUAUAAUCGGCGCACGCGAUGUCAUGGCGUCCUACGAGACAUGCUCGCCGACUCUUGCUUCGGAGCCGAAGGAUCCGGCCUUGACCGCGGGUGCGAAACAUAUCCGCAUGCUCCUGUUGCGCACGGUCGUGUCGUCCUUGUUGACUAUACCAGUCCUAGUCAUGGCAUGGGCUCCCCUUCCUGCUCAUCCUACGGCUUACGCUAUCUCUUCGCUGGUCCUCGCUACGCUUGUCCAAGUGGCCAUCGCUGGUCCAUUCUACAGCAACGCUUUCAAAAGCCUCUUCUUCUCCGGCCUAAUCGAAACAGAUCUCCUUGUUGUCCUUAGCACUACCACAGCAUAUAUCUACUCCAUCGUCGCUUUCGCUUACGAGAUGGUCGGACGCCCGCUGCAAGGUGGCUCCUUCUUCGAGACCAGUACGCUUUUGGUCACCUUGAUCAUGUUCGGCCAGCUGGCAAGUGCACUUGCCCGCCAACGCGCCGUCGCUGCGCUCUCUCUGCGCUCUCUGCAGCAAUCCACGGCCACCAUCGUCACGACCCAUCCAGACGGCAAGACCUCAGAAGAGACCAUCGACGCCCGUCUACUACAGUACGACGACACCUUCCGCGUGCUCCCCGACUCGACCAUCAUCACCGACGGGCGCGUCCUCUCGGGCACCAGCGCCGUCGACGAGUCGAUGAUGACCGGCGAGUCUGUGCCGGUUGAGAAGUCAGCGGGCGAUGAUGUCCUCGCGGGCACGCGCAACGGGCCCGGAAGCCUGCUCGUGCGUGUGGCGCGCCUCCCGGGCGAGAACACGAUCAGUGACAUCGCAGACAUGGUCGACGAUGCCCGCUUCUCGCGCGCGCGUAUCCAGGGGCUUGUCGACCGCGUCUGCACAUGGUUUGUGCCCGCGGUGCUCGUGCUGGCAGUGAUCACCCUCGUCGUGUGGAUACUCGUCGGCGUGUACGUGCGGAAGGAGAGCAGAGGCAACGCCGUCGUGCGCGCGGUCACAUAUGCUAUCGCGGUCCUCGCGAUCUCGUGCCCGUGUGCGAUCGGGCUCGCGGUGCCGAUGGUUGUCCUCGUCGCAAGCGGUGUCGCGGCGAGGCUUGGGCUGGUAUUCAAGGCGGCGACGACCAUCGAGGUGGCGAGAGAGGUGACGCACGCGGUCUUCGACAAGACGGGGACGUUAACCACCGGACAGCUUGAAGUUGCGCAGGCCGAGAUUGUGCAAGAGGUCGUCGCUGACACGUCUCUGAAAACGAGCUCCGCAAUCUUGGCGUUGGUGUCGGUUAGCAAGCACCCAGUCGCACGUGCCAUUGCGGCUCGCCUGAACCAGGAGGGCGAAGUUGCCGCCUCCCAGGUGUCGAAUGUCGAAGAGAUCACAAGUAAAGGUGUGCAGGGCACUUUUGCGGGCAAGCUCCUACAGGGCGGCAAUGCGAAAUGGCUCGACCUAGAAGCACAUCCAUCAGUCCGUCCUCUGCUCGAUGCCGGAUUCACGACAUUCUGUGUCACUUACAACAAUGCUCUCCUCGCCGCCUUUGCCCUGUCCGACUCUAUCCGCCCUGAAGUCCCCACCCUGCUGUCCACGCUCGCCAAGCGCAACGUCAAAGUCUCCAUCCUGAGCGGCGACCACGCUGCUGCGGUGCACCACGUCGCCUCAGCGUUGGAUAUCCCGUCGGAGCGCGUGCGCGCGGGCUGCCUGCCCGCCGACAAAGCCGCGUACAUCCGCAGCCUGCAGGCGUACGGCGCGCGCGUGCUCUUCUGCGGCGAUGGCACGAACGACAGCGUCGCGCUCGCGCAGGCCGACGUCGGCGUGCACAUGUCGUCUGACGCCGCGGCCGGCGCGGGUGCGGGUGCGGCGGCCUCUGCCGCUGCCGACGCGGUGCUCAUCCGCCCGUCGCUCGACGGCGUCGGCGCCCUCCUCGGCCUCAGCGACGCUGUCCGCCGCAGGAUCAUGCUCAAUUUUGCGUGGGCGGCGGUGUACAACACCGUGGCGAUCCUCUUUGCGGCGGGUGCGUUCGUAAACGCGCGCAUUGCGCCGGCGUACGCAGGUCUCGGUGAGAUCGUGAGCGUCUUGCCCGUAGUGUUGAUUGCUAUGCAAUUGAAGUGGUAUGCAGCCUAGAUGGCGACUGAAUGAUUGAAUGAUAUAGGUUUCGGAAUGUGUUCGCUUUCGAGUAUUGGCCUGUGACUUCUUUCUAUCUUCUCGUAUGACCUUAUGUACGUGCCGUUACAGUUAUCUGUUGAAUGCGCGAUGAAGUGUACGCCGAGCCUCAGUGUGGUAGAGUCUAUGAUUUACUUUAGACGAAAUGAAGAAAA